AUGGUGUCUGAAGACCGCCAACGGGUCAUUGAGACCAACCGGUCUCUGCGACUGAUCAAGAAUGAACUGGAAGCGCUGCUAGAGAAGGGCGUCAUCUCCGACACGGCGUUCGACAGCAUCCACAGCCUGCUCCCGACCGAAGCGAGCAUUUCGGGGGCGCCGGCGCCGGCACUGCGCGGGGGGGCCGGCGGUGUCGCCUCGGCACCACCGCCACCGCCAACGGCCGCCCUGAACAACCUGCACCUCGAGCAGGCGUCGUCGCCAGUGCCGCCGCCGCCGUCGUACAAUCAGUCGACUGGCGGGCCGCCGCCGCUUCCGGGCCGCAGACAACCGCCGCCGCCGCCCAGCAAGCCCGUACUGACGCAUGCGCGGGCGCUGUUCCGGUACGAGGCGUCGGACGCGCGCGACUGCAGCUUCGAGCGCGACGACCGGGUCGCCGUGUACGAGUAUAUGAACGCCGACUGGUGGAUGGGACGCAACCUGCGGACGGGCCAAGAAGGCAUCUUCCCCAAGAGCUACGUCGAGCCCGAGACGGCGGCAGCGUCGCCGGUGCCGCAGCCGUGGAACAGUAACCCAAGCAACAACAGCUGGGACGAGAAGAACGGUGCCGCCGGCGGCUAUCCCGGAGCGAUGCCGUAUCAGCCGCCCGCCCAGCCGCAGUACGUGACGGGCGGCAUGCUCCCCCCGCCGGCGCCCGGCCAGUUCAGCAACCCCUACAACGGCAGCGCGCCGCCGCCCAUGGCCAUCGCCGACGGCCAGCAAGGCCAGCAGGGCCAGCAGGGCGAGGAGAGCGGCGUCAGCAAGCACGGCAAGAAGAUUGGCAAGAAGCUCGGCAAUGCCGCCAUCUUUGGCGCCGGCGCGACGAUCGGUAGCAAUCUUGUCAACUCCAUCUUCUAA